GGAGGCGGGGCUUAGGGCGGCGGGCCCGAUGGGGGAGAGCGGGGUGCCUGCGGGCGCGCAACUUCUCCUCCGCGCCUGCGACCAGGGCGACUGCGAGAGCGCCCGCCGCCUCCUGCUCCCGGCCGAGGCCGGUUCUGCGGCGGUAGAAGGGGUGCCUGCGGGCGGCUGGGUGCCCGUGGACUGCGCCGACGAGGCCGGAAACACGGGACUGCAGUUCGCGGCGGCCGGCGGGCACGAGGAGCUGGUGGGCUUCCUCCUCCGGAGGGGGGCCUCGGUGCAGAGCCGCAACCACUGCGGGUGGAGCCCGCUCAUGCAGGCCGCCAGAUUUGGACAUCUAAAUGUGGCUCGCAUCUUGCUGGAAAAUGGUGCGGACCUUAAUGCACAGAACAAAUUGGGAGCCAGUGUCCUGACCAUGGCCUCGAGGGGUGGCCACAUUAGUGUGGUGAAAUUGCUGCUAGAAGCUGGUGCAUACGUUGACAACUAUGACCACUUGAAUACUGGCUUGGACAACACAAAAGAGGAGUUGCCAGCUAUCACCCCUCUCAUGGCCGCUGUCCAACAUGGACAUGAGGCAGUUGUCCAUCUUCUGCUGGACUGGGGUGCCAAUUGUAAUUACAUUGCAAAGACUAUGGGAUGGACUCCACUGAUGUUGGCAGCUGCUACCGGGAGGGUAAGUUUGGCCCAACAACUUAUGAGCAGAGGAGCCAAUUCUGACCAUCUGAAUAUGCUGCAUAAAACACCGUAUGAAAUAUCUGUUGACUUCAGACAUGAUGAUAUGAAGGACUAUUUGGCACCUUUAACCACCGUUAGACCCCAGACAGAUAAACAGAAGAGGCAACCUGAUAUCUUCCAUGCUUUGAAAAUUGGGAACUUUCAGCUGGUUAAAGAGAUUACCGAUGAAGACCCAGUUCAAGCCAAUGUCAUUAAUGAUGAUGGCGCUUCCCCACUCAUGAUUGCAGCUGUAACUGGACAAUUGCCCCUUAUACAGCUGCUUGUUUCAAGAAAUGUAGAUAUUGACAAACAAGAUAAUGUCCAUGGUUGGACAGCAUUAAUGCAAGCCACUUAUCAUGGAAAUAAAGAAGUAGUUAAGUACUUAUUGAAUCAAGGAGCUGAUGUCAAUCUACGUGCUAAAAACGGAUACACAGCUUUUGACCUGAUAAUGCUUCUGAAUGAUCCAGAUGCAGAACUUGUGCGGUUGCUAGCUUCGGCCUGCAUGCAAGUAGACAAAGAAAAGAAUAAGCAGAACAACAAAACAACCAUGCCUUCAUCCAGAAAUAAGCAAACAGUAGACAUCCCAAUGUUGCCUGAUGACAAGGGAGGUUUGAAGUCAUGGUGGAGCAGGAUGUCCAAUAGGUUUCGGAAGUUGAAGUUGACCCAAACUUUGAAUCAUGGAUUUUCCAUAAACCCAUCUGUGCCUUUCCCAGAAGAAUCUAAAUCACCAUUUGAUUGUACAAUGAAGGCCACCGAUCAAAGUGACAGUUCUUUAAAUCAUGAGGCUACUACAGCUUGGACAACAAGCAGCAAAUCUAAUGGUAUGGAAGUCACAAAAGCAGAAAAGGAUGCUGAAUUACUGACAACAGUAUUAAGAAGCGGGGCUCCAUUUACAAGAUUGCCUAAUGACAAACUGAAAGCUGUAAUUCCACCCUUCUUGCCUCCUUCACGUUUUGAGCUGUGGAAUUCUGACAGGAUACAAACAAACAAAGAUGGCAUCACAGAGCAAACAAGGCUUGGUCUCCCACACAAAGCUAGCAGUGAAAGUGGAAAUUAUGAUAAAGGCUCCUUAACUAGAAAUACCAGGCCUAUUAAGCUGUCAACUUUUGCAAGAAGACCUCCUACACCUUCCAGUUCAAGCAAUUUCAACCAUUCCCCUCACUCUUCUGGUGGCUCUAACAGCAUUGCAGGAGUUAAUAGGCAUGGUGGAGAAAUGCACAAUAAAUCAGGUGGAAGUGCCGAUAGUGUUUUGUCUCAAAUUGCAGCUCAAAGGAAAAAAGCUGCUGGUAUCCCUGAACAAAAGCCAAACAAACAGCAGAUAUCAGUAGAUCCAGCUCCUUCAUCUCCUCCUCCUGGGGUGGAAAGUACACAAGCCAUCAUCAGUGUGCACGUUCUGAAGAAGUUGGAUGUGAAGAAGAAUCCUCCAUCUGAGAAUUCCUCUACUUCUAAAAGCACAUCUCCAACUCUCACCCCUUCACCAUCUCCAUCGUUGUCACCCAAGGUCCAAAGCACAGAGUCCUCAGUAUCUUCCUCCCAGCGACAAGGGAAAAGUAGUGGAGGCUCAAGCAGCGGCACUCUAACGGAUGAUGACGAACUCACAGGAAUCCUUAAAAAACUCUCCCUUGAGAAGUAUCAGCCAAUUUUUGAAGAGCAGGAGGUGGAUAUGGAAGCUUUUCUUACUCUUACUGAUGGUGACUUAAAAGAACUGGGAAUUAAAACAGAUGGUUCUAGACAACAAAUUUUGGCAGCUAUUUCUGAAUUGAAUGCAGGAAAGGGCCGAGAGAGAAAGAUUUUGCAAGAGACGAUACACAAUUUCCAUUCAUCCUUUGAAAGCAGCGUUAGCAACACUAGCCCUAGGAAACCUCAAUCACCAGGGAGCUGGAUAAGACCACAGGAACCUUCUCCUACAAAGAGGUAGUCUUGAACCAAGCGGUCCUACUGUUUUGAUACUGGAAAUUCAGACGAUGGAAUCUAGCUGCCAUGAAGAAGAAAGUCAAGCACACCUUUGUUGCAACUUCUUAGCACAGAACAUGCAGAAAAGAAGCUGUGCCAUAUCUUUUUUUCUGCAAAGUAGACUGAGCUUUAAUUAAAUUUAAAUUAAUUAGUCGUUUAAUUAGUUUGAUGGUUUCAGGGUUGUCAAGGAAGAAUUGUACCAUGAAAAAGAAAAUUUAUAGGUCAUUUAAUGGAAGAGCAGUAACAAGACUCCUGGAAUAAUUCUUGCAAAACCUGAUUGAGCACAGAUGUAAAUCAGAAAGUUAGGAAAGAGUUUCCAAAGUAUGUGAAAGGUAUUGGAGUUUGCUUAUAGUAACUUCUAAGAUGAAUGCUCAUGUUGAAGUAAGUAGGAUAGGUGGGCAACAAAAUGUAUAUUAUUAUUAUUAUUAUUAUUAUUAUUAUUAUUAUUAUUAUUAUUAUUAUUAUUAUUAUUGUUAAAUGAAGGGAGGAAGCCACAUUUAAGAGAGAGUGCAGUGGGCUUUCUGAGAAGAAUGAAGUAAUGUCUAUUGUUGUGCUACUGUAUCGUGCCCAAGGCAUGUUUUUCAUUAAGUAGCAAAUACAAUUGAUACCAUGAAUAUUUAAAUGCAUUUCUUUAACUGAUAUGGAACUCGUCUUUUGAACGCCUGCCUGGCAAGUUAAGGCUUGACAGUUCAGAGGUUACUGAUUAACAACAGACAUUAUAAAUUCAGGUUGGGGGCCAAGUACGGUACACAUGCUAGUGAAAUUCUGGUUAAAAUGCUGCUCUGAGGGACCUUCCAGACAGGCCCUACAUCCCAGCAUCUGAUCCCAGGUUUUCUGCUAGAAAAUCUGGGAUGAACAGAAAACCAAGUCCCAACAGAUAUAAAAGACAGUGAAGCAGUUUUUGCCUUUUAGCUUCAUGACACUUUGGACCCCCACCCCCAAUGUCAGAAAACUGCAUAGUUUUCCAGAAACAGUGCAACCUUCCCUGAAAACUGCUGCUUUUAGUAUGAAAGCUACUGCUUUUAGGCUGCCAUGUGUACGUUUUUGCACAAGAUUUCUUUUUUACGACAUAAUAAAAAACAAUAUUGCAUCACAAAAGUUUUAUGCAACAUUAGCAGUUUUGCACAACAAAACUAAAUGGCCAUUUUUGUGAAACAUAGUUGCUUUUGCACUUUUUUGUUGUGCGGUGGUGUAAUUGCAGUUUCUCUCAGCUCUCAGCUGUGUAAGUUUGCAAUUGGCAAAAACCGCCAGCACAAUAUCAAACACUGCUCUAUGUUGUUUAAAUGGGGAUAUAGUGUACAAUUUAGUUUGUAUUUUUUGCAGAUUUCCCAAAUAUAUAGCCAAAACCAACCUUCUGUGCAUAAUAAAAAAAAACCUCUGUGAGCUAUGUAGUCUCUCAAACUCUUGUGCAGCUCUCCAAAACUUCCAUGUUGUGCCAGGAACAAAAGCAGUUUCUGCAGGUUGCAGGAGCCUUUGACAUGCUGUUUUCCGUCACACCAAAGUUUUCCAAGGGCUUCCGAACUCCAAGGAAACUAUUCAGGAAGUCGACAAAUUUAUUUUCCAUUCUUACUGUCUUGUUAUUACAGGGUUCAAAUAUAGCUGUAGAUUCUUUACCAACAAUGGCCUAAAUGUAGUUGCUGGUGCCAAUUAACUGCAAAUCAAACACUAAUAGGCAUUAUCUGAUCAAGAAUCUACUUGAAUUGUGAUUAACUGAUGUAUCUAGUAGGUCUGUUGAAGCCGAAAAAGAAGCUUCCUUCUACUGCAAAAUAAAUAUUUGAGAGAGUUGUGUUCUGACACUUUCGCUAUUGUGAUAAUUCCUGAAGGAAAUGAGCAGACCUGAAGGUGAUGAUCAAUAUUAAUGAGCACCUGAGGGCCCAUGAAGGUGAAGAUGUAAACAGGAGAAUAGUAAUAUUCACAUUUCUCCGAGCCGGUUUAUUUUCCAUGUAUUAUAUACCUGGGGUUCCAACCAAAGAUGUAGCCUUAGUGAAUGGACUGGGAAUAUUUGAGGUUAAAGUGUAGCUGAUGCUACUGGAGACAGAUUUGAUAACUUCCUCAGAACUGUGUGUGGCAGCAGAAUAUAAUUUUAAGGAAAUGAUAAACAGCCAAAGGCAAGUUAGAGCACUGACUUGGGUAGGCAGCCAGUUGUAAAUGACUGAGAAUUUAAAAGAGAUGAGUGGCAGCAAGAAUACAUAGGUCUUGAUUUGAAGAUGCCUCAUGACUGCUGAUGCUACUUUUGGUUUUAAGAAGAACAUUCAGCAUUUUGUGAUGAAGCUUCAUGGAGGCUUCACUAUGCCCCUGAAAAAUGCAGAAAUGUUUAUAAGUUCUGAAAUGGCUAAUUGUGGCAAAACUUUACCGAAAAAUGCAUGGUGAGUAAAAAAUAAUUUGCUUCCAUGUUCCUUACAGAAGUUACUGUUUACUUUAGCAGAUAUUGCUGAACUGCAACUUGCAUUAGCCAUUGCCAUCACAGUCAGUGGUGAGGGAUUAGAUAGUCUAAGCUGCAACAUCUAGAGCAUUCUCCAUCCUUAAAAUGUGUUAUCAUAUUAUUUCCAUUAUAGGAAUGAUCUAAUGUACCAUUCCCUGGUGUCAACUCUAGCAUUACAGCUACACUAGAAUUCCUUUGCCGUAGGGGCAGCUAUAAAAUAUAAGAGUAGCGGCUCACAUGAAAUCCCCCUCCCUUCUUGUUAAGCAGUUCUUACAUACUAUAAUCACUGUGUGGAGCUGUGGCUUCAGAAAACACUUUCCAUAAAAUAGCAGUUCUAAGAAUGCGUUUUGAAAUAUUUCUCCCUUGCUCUUCUCUAACUGAAGGUGGGAAGGAAUUGUUAUCCUCAGUGGUGCUAACUACUUCCCCUACCAUGGUGUCAGCUGCAGAUUUGAUAAAGUAUGCUAUCUAUUACAUCAUCUAAAACAUUUAUAAAAACGUUGCACAAUAUUAGGGCAUCCAACUAGUCACUUCUCUCCAUAAUGAAGAAGAGCAAUUGGUAAGCAUUGGUAAGCAUAUUCUAUAUUUGGUUUUACCAUCUAUCAUCUUUGGAAAUGAAAUGGCUGAUAACACAGAACAGAAUCUUUGUGACCUCACCAUUUCCAAAAGAAAAGAACCCGUAACGACUUAGGUUUAUUGGAGAAGGAACUUGGAGAAGAAAAUGCUGAUGCUUCACCAAACUAAAACACAUGAUGAGCCUGGCAGUUAGUGUGUUAUCAAGUUGCAUUAAUUCGACAGUGUAGAUUCACCCUUUGUCAUGCAUAGAUCAAUGGGAUCUGACGUUAGUAAUGUUUAAUAUGUUCAAUUUAUUUCAGUAGGUCUACUCUAACCACGGCUAAACUUGGAUCAAUGUUUUAUUUAGUUUUCCAAUUAACAAUCACAAAAAAGUGAAGAAAACCUUGCCUUCUUUCUCAAGCUUUUAGAGCAGUGGUUCCCCAGAUGUUUUGGCCUUCAACUCCCAGAAAUCCCAACAUCUGGUAAACUGGCUGGGUUUUCUGGGAAUUGUAGGUCAAAACACCUGGGGACCCACAGGUCGAGAACCACCAUUUUAGGGUGAAAUGGGCAACUGACAUCACCACUAGAUGUGGUGACUGUCUGACUAUCUGGAAGGUGAUAAAAUGUCAAUUCCUGCUUUAAGGCUAAGGCUUCAAGUUAAUCAGUACAUGACAGGUUGGUUUAAGAUCCCUAACCAUGCAGAUAUGUAUUUGUUUGAUUUAUUCUGGGUAAGUUUUCAGUAGCUACCAGAUUUUUAUUGUCAUGUACUCUCUGUGCCUUCUCAGUUUGAUAGUUUUAAAUUAAUUGAUCCAUGAUUUUCACAUCAAUCUCACUUCUUAUUUUAAUUCACUUAAUCCUUUUCCCCCAAGAUUAAGCAAGUUUUCUAUUGGGUGUUAUUUCCAGGUGUGCUUCUAUCACAAAAUUAAAGAAUAAUUUCUUGCAGAA